AUGGAGGAAGAUUUGCUCUCACCAGGCACACGACCCAGGGCUAGCGCCCUAGUCGUAACACCCCCGAAACGUCCCCGAGACACCGCAGACCUCCGCCUGGUAGUACCCUGGGAUCUCCAGGAGGACAUUCUGCACCACUGCCACGUGGACUUCCAAGACACCGAGCGAUACGUCAAAGAAUGCGUUGACUGUGUCACGGCCAAGGGACUACCCCGGAACCCGGGCCCGUCGCCCGGUAACCUGUUAGCCACGCGACCGUUUCAGGUCGUCUCCAUGGACUUCGUGAUACCGCUGCCCCGGUUCGCCCGGGGAAAUACGGCAUUUCUUCUGUUCCAGUGCGCGUCCUCGGGGUUCAUCAUGUGCAAGGCCAUGGCGAGCACCGAAGCCCAAGACGUGUCCGAAGCCUAUGAAGAGUGCGUGUUCCGGAGGUUCGGGGCCAGUGAGAUGUUCCGUCACGACCGAGACCCGCGCUUCAUGGGUCGGGUGUUCAAGCACUUUCGGGAGAUGCUCGGGAGCAGGCAACACGCCACUCUAACCUAUCGUCCCCAGGCCAAUGGACAACAAGAGCGGUCGGUGCAAACGAAUGUGGAUCAGCGUGACUGGGACGAGCUAGCCGAAAAGCACAUGUGGGCGCUGAACACCUAUUUCGACUUCACCCGACUCGACACGCCGUUCUACUUGGUACACGGCCGGGACGCCCAGAGUACCGUCGAAGUCAUGAUGGGAGACGUCCCCCGAGACGUGCAGCUUUUGGACGCCCAGUAA